AGCAGGUGCUAUUAGGAAACAGGUACCCUCUCACCGCGAGGUGGAGGAGCAGGUGCGGUCGGAUCGAAGGCUCUGGGAGCCAUCUUUGCCAACAGCUUGCGGGAGAGGCUGCCUGAACAUGAAGUCAACAUCAGGGAAAGCGAAACUGAGAGAGAGAGAAAGAGGACAGAGAGAGGUACAAGGAAAUGCUAGAACUAGUGAUCUCACCCAGCCUCACUGUAAACAGCGAUUGUCUGGAUAAACUGAAGUUCAGCCGCGCCGACUCCACCGUGUGGACUCUGAGUGGCAGAAAAGGCAUCAGCACACCGGCUGCCCUGGGAGUGCCCCAGCCCGUUGCAAGACCGUGCCCGCGUGUCCUGCCCAGCCAGCAGCGCACAGCCAUGGCAGCCUACGGCCAGACGCAGUACAGCGCGGGCAUCCAGCAGGCUGCCCCCUACGCGGCUUACCCGCCUCCGGCACAAGCCUACGGAAUCCCUUCUUACAGCAUCAAGACAGAAGAUAGCUUGAACCAUUCCCCUGGCCAGAGUGGAUUCCUCAGCUAUGGCUCGAGCUUCAGCACCCCAUCCACUGGACAGAGCCCCUACACCUACCAGAUGCACGGCACGCCCGGGAUCUACCAGGGAGCAAAUGGACUGACCAACACAGCUGGAUUCGGAAGUGUGCACCAGGACUAUCCUUCCUACCCCGGCUUCCCCCAGAGCCAGUACUCCCAGUAUUACAGCUCGUCCUACAACCCGCCGUACGUCCCGGCCAGCAGCAUCUGCCCGUCGCCCCUCUCCACGUCUACCUACGUCCUCCAGGAGGCACCUCACAACGUCCCCAGCCAGAGUUCCGAGUCACUUGCCGGUGACUUCAACGCACACAACGGACCUUCCACGCCAGCGAAAGAGGGAGACACGGACAGGCCGCUUCGGGCCUCCGAUGGGAAGCUCCGAGGCCGGUCCAAGAGGAGCAGUGACCCCUCCCCCGCGGGGGACAGUGAGAUUGAGCGUGUGUUCGUGUGGGACUUGGAUGAGACAAUAAUUAUUUUUCACUCCUUACUCACGGGGACUUUUGCAUCCAGAUACGGGAAGGACACCACGACGUCCGUGCGCAUCGGCCUGAUGAUGGAAGAGAUGAUCUUCAACCUUGCAGACACACAUCUGUUCUUCAAUGACCUGGAGGAUUGUGACCAGAUCCACGUUGAUGACGUUUCAUCAGAUGACAAUGGCCAAGAUUUAAGCACCUAUAACUUCUCGGCGGACGGCUUCCACAGCUCGGCCCCGGGCGCCAGCCUGUGCCUGGGCUCGGGCGUGCACGGCGGCGUGGACUGGAUGCGGAAGCUGGCCUUCCGCUACCGGCGCGUGAAGGAGAUGUACAACACCUACAGGAACAACGUGGGCGGCUUGAUAGGAGCCCCCAAAAGAGAGACCUGGCUACAGCUCAGAGCCGAGCUGGAGGCUCUCACAGACCUCUGGCUGACGCACUCCCUGAAGGCACUAAACCUCAUCAACUCCCGGCCCAACUGUGUCAAUGUGCUGGUCACCACCACUCAACUAAUCCCCGCCCUGGCCAAAGUCCUGCUGUAUGGGCUGGGCUCCGUGUUUCCCAUCGAGAACAUCUACAGUGCAACCAAGACAGGGAAGGAGAGCUGCUUCGAGAGGAUAAUGCAGAGGUUCGGCAGGAAGGCCGUCUACGUGGUGAUCGGGGACGGUGUCGAAGAGGAGCAAGGAGCGAAAAAGCACAACAUGCCGUUCUGGCGGAUAUCCUGCCACGCCGACCUGGAGGCACUGAGGCACGCCCUGGAGCUGGAGUACUUAUAGCGGCGGCGCCUGCACCUGCCAUGGCGCCCACCCAGCCCCUCCCGUCCCCACCCGCGACCCCACCGCGAGCCGCAAAGACCCAACGCCGGACACCAGGCAGGUCCCACAGCGAGAGGACGUGUCCCGUGGCUGUCAAGAGCCGCCCGUCCGUCUGGUCCCGGCGGGGCCCCUGAGCAGCAAAGUGCCCAGCGCUGGCGGGAACACGCCACCUGGGGCGAGGGCUGGCUCGGAGGCCGCCCCAGACUCACAGGACAAAAGCAAGGAAGUGCUGACGGGGGGAGGGGGGCUGCUGAGGAGCAGGGGAUGGGCUCUUUUUCUUUUUUCCUUUUUAAUUUAUGGACUAGUCUCAUUACUCUGGUAUUACGCUCUUGUACCUGU